CUGUCUGCUUGCGCGGCGCAGUGCCGCCGAAAGAUCACCCGAUUUGCGCCGAAACACUGCCGGCAUGAGGCUUCAAAAGGACGCCCUGAUCGCCGAAAGUCACGACGGACUCCGUAGAAACACCUUGGAGUUGUUUCUGAGUUGCAGGAAAGGCGACCUCGCUCGCGUCAAGCAUCUCGUGGAAGAACAGGAAAGCGAACUGAACGUCAGGGACAGGUGGGACGGUACGCCGCUGUACUACGCCUGUCUCUGCGGCCACAAGGACGUUGUUGAAUAUUUACUGUCCCAAGGAGCACGCUGCGUGGCCAACACGUUCGAUGGGGAGCGCUGCCUUUACGCCUCCUUGAACAUGGAGAUCCGAAACCUCUUGCGGGAUCGGAAGGUGAUCACCUCGAGCACCAUGCGCCGAGAUGCCUACGAUGAAUUCCUGCGGAGGUGCCUGGAGGAUAGUGAGCACUGCGAUGUCACGUUCAACGUGCUGGGCGAAGCGGUUCCUGCUCACCGCUGCGUCUUGGCAGCGCGGUGCGAGUUUUUCCGGCGCUCCCUGGUGGAGAAGUGGGCGGGACGACAGGUGGUGCCGGUGACUCACCAUUCUGUGGACGCUUCAAUAUUUCAAAUCAUGAUGCAGUACCUGUACACAGGUCGACUCGAGAUGCAAGCCAAGCAGUUUGACAGUUUUGCCGAGCUGGCAUUGCGAUGCAGGCUGAUGGGCCUCAUCACCGAUGUCAAGGACGAGCUGAUACAAGCUCUGAAUCAGGGAAGCCACAGGAAUCAACAUUCGGCAGAGAGUGAGGCAAUCCUGCUCGAACCAACUCAUUAUCGCGAGCAGCUACAGAGGGACUUUGCCGCGUUACCAGUUGAACUUGCACCAGAGGCGACUCCCGGUAAUGUUUCAUUCCUUUCUGAAGGUGGAAACCACGCCGACAUCUGCUUCAGAGUGCAUGGCCGGCACUUUCUAUGCCACAAGGUUUUUCUCUGCAAGCGUAGUGAGUAUUUUCGUGCCCUUAUUGAGGACCACUUCACAGAGGCAAGUCUGCCAAGCAGUGGCCGGCAGCUGCCAGUGAUCGAACUGCAGCAGGUCUCGCCCGAUGUGUUCGGUUGCAUUCUGCACCAUGUUUACAGUGACAUGGAUGACAAGCUCAGCGCAGACAACGUCUGGGACGUGCUAUGUGCUGCAGACGUGUACUUGCUGCCAGACCUGAAGCGGCAGUGCGGGGCGUCGAUAGCACGCAUGCUCGAAGUGGAAACUGUCUGUGGCACCCUGCGAGCAUCUCGCCUCUUCCGUUUGCCGAGGCUAGAAAACCAGUGCAUCGAGUUCAUGGCCAAGCAUCUUGCCAAGGUCGUCGAGCUCCCGGAAUUCCAUGAGGUCGUCAGGGAGGAUGCAAAGGAGGUGAAACUACGACAGGAGACGGACUCCAUCACCGUCAUCGACGACAUUCGCUACUACAUCAGUGCGAAUGCGCGGAGCACCGCAGAGAUUGUGAACUGCCAAUGAUAAGCUCAAGCUUGUCGACUGACCUUCUAACGGCGCUCGGACUAGACGCCUAGCUCAUCGUUGAACUGGUUUGCUGGAUGCAUGAGAAAAAUUCUGGCUCUGGAAAACAUUCUGCGAGGACGAGUUUUGUAUUUCCGAUGCCCGAUACGUUAGAACACACCCAGAGCAUUGGGACUCGAUCGUGCCACAUGCAUUGGCAUCCGUUAUAGCAGACACUAGCACACUAGGUUUGUAUACUUUUCCAGUGCUAAAGCUCGAACCUCAGUAUCCAUGCAGUGCUGGGUGGAAUUAAGAGUUCUGCACACUUCUUUGCUGCUGACGUUAAAAAAGGAUGAGUGAUGUUUUACCUAUAACUAGUGAAUGGAAGUCGACAAUCAAACACGACCCAGUCGGGACCCAGACGCGACCCAGACGUGCAAGCCACUCUGGGGCUUUAAAUUCUUAAAGAAACUUGUAGUGCUAUUUCUACAUAAGCGCUUAGCUGUGCAGUUGGUUAACUUAGGUGCAAGGACAUGCAGGCCGUGCCAAACCAGAACAAUCGUGCACUGUAAAUCAAUUAAAAAAUAAGGGACCGCAUGUCAUUGUUUAGAGUCGAUCUCUACUGUCAAUGCUUCCAAAAUGUAAUGCUGUAAACACCUGGGGACAAAGAAAUGUAUAAAGGCAACCUCCUCUUCUGGCGUUUGUUUCUCUCACGGCCUGUGGCACAGUCUUGCCAAUUUCACAGAUGCGCCAUAUAUUCUCCCACGUGAGAUAGUGAAGGCGUCUGCACCUUAGUCAAUCCCCCCAUAACAGAUACGAGCCAUUCCUUUGCAGCCUCGAACAGUCGCGACAAUUUCACAAACAGGGCUCGCUUGCACAUAAAAGCCAGUUCUAUGGCUGUUAUUAUGAAGCCACGUCAGGCCGAAUGGCGUUUAGCUUCGCUUCGUUUUUCUGUAUCUCUCAAGAAAUUAAAUCUGCUCAUUCAUUCAUUAAUGCCAUAUGCAAAUGUAGACACUAUGACCGGAAUGUUUCUGAAGUCAUAAGACUGCCGGUUUUACACAUGUACAUCAUUUUCUCGCUCACGAAAGCUUCUGAUAGAGUAGCAGCGCUAGUAUUGAAAGCUUGCAACACUGAUGACAUGAAGUUGCCAUGCCUUUCUUGACUCUGUAGCAGUGCCAACUUGUUUUUUUUUCCUGAAUUCUCUUAUGACGUAGGUGACCUUACAGAGACAUUCGCUACAGGCUUGACAGACAGGAACUUCGCAAGGGGCAAAAAAACUCCUAAGUUAUGAAGUGAAGGCCAAUUUAUCAAUAAGACCUUACUCUUGUCAAGGAUGUCCUUUUCAGGAUUAACAUUGUGUGUUAUACAAAUGUGCGAUCAUGAAUGGUAUGGACACUAAUGUUUAAAAAUUCCGCUGCGAUAUAAGAGCCUGUGUAUAGCUUACCCUGCUGUAUAACCAUCAUACAUCCCCGUGAUACGACGCUCCUAAUCUGCAACAUAUCUCAAGACACGCUCUAUAAUGAAAUGUUAAACAAAAUUUGUAAAUAGUACUGCUGACUGAAUGUACAAAUAAAAUGUUUUCUUUGGAAGGGUGGUAUUUUC